UAGUAAGGGAAGGGCUGGGGCUAUGAAUAGGCGUCGGGGCUUCCUGUCCGUCGAUGUGGUGGGCUUGGCCGCAGAGGAGGGGCAGGAGCAGCAUCAGUAAGCGGCUGCAGCAGGGAGACCGGUCCCGGGUGUUUGCACGGAGUGACCGAGAGAUGCAGAGCUGAGUCUCUCCUCUCAGACAGCCGCCGCCCCGGGGGCAGAACGUGCCCAGCCGGGUGUGACCCUGCCCAGCCAUGAGUGACUUGAAUAAAACCCUGCAGAAAUGGCAUGCCAGCUUCAGCAAGGGCACGGACUUCGACUCGUGGGGGCAGCUGGUGGAGGCCAUUGAUGAGUACCAGAUAUUAGCUCGGCAGCUACAGAAAGAAGCCCAAUCUCCGUCCAACGCCUCCGAUUUUACCGAAGAUCAAAAGAAAACCAUCGGGAAGAUCGCAACAUGCCUGGAGCUCAGGAGCGCCGCCCUGCAGUCCAACCAGUCUCAAGAAGAGUUCAAGCUGGAGGACUUGAAACAGCUAGAACCCAUUUUAAACAACAUUCUUACUUUCAACAAAGAAUUUCCCUUUGAUGUCCAACCAGUUCCAUUAAGGAGGAUUUUGGCUCCUGGGGAGGAGGAGAAUUUAGAAGUGGAAGAGGAGGAAGAAGAGGCCGGUGCUGGAGUUGGAUCUCCAGAUGCCUUCCCUGCGCGAGUCCCAGGAGCGAUUCAAGGCACUCUCUUACCAAGACUCCCUUCUGAGCCCGGGAUGACCCUUCUCACUCUAAAAAUUGAGAAAAUUGGAUUAAAAGACGCAGGGCAGUGUAUCGAUCCCUACAUGACAGUCAGCGUGAAGGAUGUAAACGGCAUCGAUUUGACUCCUGUACAAGACACGCCGAUGGCAACGCGGAAAGAGGACACUUACGUUCAUUUUAACAUCGAAAUUGAAAUACAGAAACACGUUGAAAAACUCACCAAAGGGGCAGCUAUUUUCUUUGAAUUCAAGCACUACAAGCCCAAAAAGAGAUUUACGAGCACAAAGUGUUUUGCCUUCAUGGAGCUGGAUGAAAUCAAGCCUGGCCCGAUCGUCGUAGAACUCUACAAGAAACCAACUGACUUUAAACGCAAGAAAUUACAGUUGUUAACAAAGAAACCUCUCUACCUGCAUCUACAUCAGACGCUGCACAAGGAGUGAAUUCGGGUCCGGCCUGUGCCUUCCGAGCAGAACCACACAGAAGCACCCGACACGGGUGACCACCGCCGUCUUCGGUUACCGAUUAUCAAGCAGCUGAUGCCGACACAUGCACAACAUUUUAUGAAUCUCAUUUCUAUGUAGGAAAGGCAUAACGGACCACAAAAGCUGCAGGAAAAUAAGGGGGGGGGGUGAAUAUGGACCUCCUAAGGUUACAAUGAUGUAAAACCACAGCAAUAAUAGACUUAUUUUUGAAUUUAGCGUAAAUUGUUGCGGCCCCAGAAUGCCGGCCGUCUGCCUUGUGAAGAGUUUUGUUGAAGGACUUGGGUGACUGGUUCACAUCUGUAUAUAAAAAAGUGUCGUGCUAUAUUGUGUGUCCGUACUGACCCGCGCGUGUUCAACAGGAGCAUUUACCUUU